AUGUCCUCGUACAAUGGCGGAUCUUCAGCACGUCAGUCCAAGCGGUACUCCAUGUCCGCGCUGUACAUGUCCAUGUCGGCACAGGAGACCGACCUGGAGAUAGAAGAUGACCUGGCCAAAGCACAAAAGGUCUUGCGAGACCUCAAGUCCAAGAUAUCUUCGCAAUCAAAAAAGAACUUUGUGCUAGAGAAGGACGUGCGGUAUCUGGAUUCCAGGAUCGCCCUUCUGAUCCAGAACCGCAUGGCUCUGGAAGAGCAAAACGAAGUUGCAAGCCAUCUUGAAGACGCAACAGAUAUACAAGAAGGUGUCUUCCCCAACGACGACAAGACUCAGAGAUACGGCAAUCUCCUCUUUCUCCUGCAGUCGGAACCUCGACAUAUCGCACACUUGUCCCGGCUUGUAUCCAUGUCUGAGAUCGACUCGCUUCUUCAGACCGUCAUGUUCACGAUAUACGGAAAUCAGUACGAGAGCCGCGAAGAGCACCUGCUGCUCACCAUGUUUCAGUCCGUCCUGACAUACCAAUUCGAUAAUACCCCCGAGUAUUCCUCCCUGCUCCGAGCAAAUACUCCCGUCUCACGAAUGAUGACGACAUACACGAGGAGAGGACCGGGUCAAAGUUUCUUGAAGACGAUCCUGGCCGACAGGAUCAACAAACUCAUCGAGCUCCAGGAUCUCGACCUUGAGAUCAACCCUCUGAAGGUGUACGAGCGCAUGAUCGAGCAAAUCGAGGCAGACACUGGAAGUCUGCCACCAAACCUACCAAAGGGUGUCACGGCCGAAGAAGCGGCCGAGAACAGACAGGUUCAGGCGAUUAUCGAGCCGAGGCUGACAAUGCUGAUGGACAUUGCGGGCGGAUUCCUGUCGACCAUCAUCGACGGCCUGGAGGAGGCCCCGUACGGCAUUCGGUGGAUUUGCAAGCAGAUUCGCAGCUUGACCAAGCGGAAGUACCCAGACGCAAACGACCAAGUCAUCUGCACGCUGAUCGGUGGUUUCUUCUUCCUCCGAUUCAUCAACCCGGCCAUUGUGACGCCCAAGUCCUACAUGCUGAUUGAUGGGACACCUGCUGAAAAGCCUCGACGAACUCUGACCUUGAUUGCAAAGAUGCUGCAGAACCUUGCCAACAAGCCAUCAUAUGCAAAGGAGCCUUACAUGGCCAAGUUGCAGCCAUUCAUCCAGCAGAACAAGGACCGGGUCAACAAGUUCAUGCUGGAUCUCUGUGAGGUGCAGGACUUCUAUGAGACCCUUGAGAUGGACAAUUACGUGGCUCUGUCUAAGAAGGACUUGGAGCUCUCAAUCACGCUGAAUGAGAUCUACGCUAUGCAUUCCCUGAUCGACAAGCAUAGGAACGAGCUCUGCAAGGACGAGAACUCCCACCUGGCCAUCAUCAUGUCAGAACUCGGAGGAUCUCCUCCCCAAGUACCACGGAAGGAGAACCGGGUCAUCAACCUGCCCUUGUUCAGCAGGUGGGAAACUGCUAUGGAUGACCUGACGGCAGCUCUGGACAUCACACAAGAGGAGAUCUUCUUCAUGGAGGCAAAGACCAUCUUUGUGCAGAUCAUGCGCUCUGUCCCACCAAACAGCUCAGUGUGUAGGAGGCCACUGAGAUUGGAGCGGAUUGCAGAUGCGGCAGCAACAUCACGGAACGAUGCAGUUAUGGUCCGCAAAGGUAUCCGUGCUAUGGAGCUGCUCAGCCAGCUGCAGGAGCUCAGAGUCAUUGACAAGUCCGACCAGUUUGGCCUGCUGCGGGAUGAAGUUGAACAGGAGCUCCAGCACCUCGGCUCCCUCAAGGAAGGUGUUCUCGUAGAGACGCAAAAGCUGGAGGAGGUCUACAAGACAAUCCGUGACCAUAAUACGUACUUGGUGGGCCAGCUGGAGACAUACAAGAGCUACCUGCACAAUGUGCGCAGCCAGAGUGAGGGCACGAGGCGCAAGCAGCAGAAGCAGCAAGUAUUGGGACCCUACAAGUUCACACAUCAGCAGCUUGAGAAGGAGGGCGUCAUUCAGAAGAGCAAUGUCCCCGACAACAGGCGGGCCAACAUCUACUUCAACUUCACAAGUCCUCUGCCGGGAACCUUCGUCAUCUCCCUCCAUUACAAGGGCCGCAACCGUGGUCUCUUGGAACUUGAUCUGAAGCUCGAUGAUCUCCUUGAGAUGCAGAAAGACGGUCAAGAUGACUUGGACCUUGAAUAUGUUCAAUUCAAUGUGCCCAAGGUCCUCGCCCUGCUCAACAAGCGGUUCGCACGGAAGAAGGGCUGGUAA